AUGCGAGCUGAUCUAGAAUCAGUAACACUGGAAAUGCAGAUCAUGAAAGCGAUCUUCUUGCUGUGCUGUCUGCUAGCUGUGAGGGAGAAUCAUGUAGAGGCAGGAGUCGAUCUGUUUAAGGUAUUUGACUGCGCUGAAAUUGUCAUUGACGGCGUCGGCUACGUGGCUGUUAAGACCAUACCUUUACUAACGAAUUGGGCAAAAUGCGUAAAUUUCGCUCCCAAUGUUAAGGGCGAUAUUGGUCUUCAAGACUUGUUUUUCAUUCUGAAUAAGUUCCUCAAAAAAAUCGUAAUGAGUUCGAAGUGCUUGGAAGAAUCGGAUGAGACAUUCAAUGGUUAUGUCGGUCCGUAUGUGAAAGAAUUCAUUGAUGGGAAGUGCUUGGAGUGGCCCCAAAAACCUAUAAACCAAUCGCAAUAUUGA